AUGCCAUUUGUGGCGCGAUUUAUUCUUGCGCUGAUCGUGCCAGCCUGCUGUGGAUCUCUUUGCAACCUCUCAGAGAGUGACGCGAAAGGUUUGGUGCAGAUUCAUGCCCAAAGGCUGGUGGAUGACCCGUACUCGCGACAGUACGAUCGGUUGCAUCGACGCCAUCGUCGACAACACCGUCGGCAAGAUCGGAGGUAUGGACGACGGACAACGACCACCACGAGCACUUUGUUGCCGGAUGUGAUCAAUCUUUUGAAGGCAUUGGAGACCUCACGAGAAGCACUUGAAGCGACCUUCUCGGCCCUGGCUGAUAGCCUGACUGGCCGCGAUGCAAGAUUGGUCAGGGACCUCUCCGACAAAUGGUUCAGCAUGUCAGGCAGCACGUCGCUGGCAACGGAUUUUGUCAUCAACUACGCGGCCAAUGACACUUACAAUAACAACAAAGCGGGCUUAGUGGAUGCGUUGAACACCAUUGUCGCUUCCUUGUCUGGGUCCGUGUCUCUUCUUCAAAGCCGGGCCUCUGCUGUGAGCGACAACCUUGCAGACAGUUGUAGCUACCUUGCAUCUUAUGCGGUUCCUGUGUUUGGAGAGGGCAAUCUCUAUGAGAUGCUGACAGAGCUGCAAGCUGUUUGUGGCGACCCCAACGUGGCUGCAGCCUUGCCUGCCGCGGCAGAGCCCAACGCUGCUGCUUUGAUUGAAGGAGUGGAGGAUUUGGUGGCUGUGUCUACAAGCUUGGGCUCGCCGUGCACUCUUGACCCGGGUGUCAACUGGGCAGCUGAUUUGGUGGCUGUGUCUACAAGCUUGGGCUCGCCGUGCACUCUUGACCCGGGUGUCAACUGGGCAGCUGCCCCUAUGUGGCGGGAGGGCACGUGCUUCCCUUAUGGUGGAGCGCCGGGCAACACCGCAUGUUCUGCCACAUCCACAUUCAAUAAGGGCCGCCUCGAUUUGCUCAAAAGGCUUUCGCGUUGA